GUGCCGUGGUGUUGUUGACAAAAGCAAGGUCCGCCUCAUGCGCGGUAGCGGGCAUAAAAGUGGGUCUUUCCAAUGACCUCGGGACUCCACUACAGGAUAUCCCAUCAAUCAUCAUGUCUCAGUCGACAACAACAAGGGACUCCCCAGCUCCGCUCUCACUGGCGCAUGUCUGAUAUCGUCAUGUGUGGCCCAAUACCUGCUUCGUGCCCAACAUGGCCUGGGAGCAUGGCAUCGUCGCAUUGCUUCUUUGAGACGCGUGUCAGGUAGAUAAGUGGGAAGAGAGGAUAUAUACAGGUAGGAGACCCCUCUUUUUUACACUUUUUGUCUUCGUUUGCAGGGGCAUUAUAUAUAUUGCCGACAGCCUGUGGAAUCACACUCUAUCGCAUAGUUGCGCCGGGUCCGUACUGUUCAGCUGCCAUUUGCUUCGACUCGAUCCGUUUUGAGCAGAUACCACCAGCGUAGCGGUGCUAUUGGUCCAGUUUGAACGACAGAGACACCACCACAGCUGACGGGUGAUAUCGAAUACGAGGAGUGGAAUACAAGAUAUACAUGCACCAGCCGGAAAAGCAUCAACAGAGCAGCCCGCCACCUCAGGAGAUAUAAAGAGUUUGAAAACACUAAGGGCCCAAACAACUUCCGCAACAAUGUGCCUUUUCGCCUGUUAGUACUCCUCUCUUUCUCCCCUCAAAUUCCUACUAACAUCCUAUGUCAGCUGCCACACCCAAAUGGGAAGAUGACAUUGUCUUCGCCUCCCGCAAAGCGAUCAAGUACCCGAAACGGCGACGCUCUCACCGUACUCGGACACAAAUGACAGAGACAAUAAUCAGAACUCAUCGUCCCUCCGUUGAACAUGUGCACCCACCUCCACCCCCGCCUCUUGCUCUUCCUGAACCAAAGCCUGAACCAAAACCUGAACCAAAACCCGAACCAAAACCUGCGACACCUCCACCAGCACCUGUACCAACUCCUCCUACCGUAGCCCCUCCUGCACCAACUCCCCCUCCACGACCAUUCUCUCGAGUUGAAGUUGUAUCUGUUGAAGAAAAUCUCAAACCAGUUUCCCCAAGAACAUCACGUUCACACGUCUCGUCCUCGCACCGCAGCCAUUCGCGGCGAGGUUCCAGCUCGCAUCGCCGGGGAUCACAUGGAGAGGAGGUGUACAUCGAGCGGGAACGUAUAAGGGAAAGAGUCGUGCCUCCGCCAUCACCACCCCCAGUUAGAGUGGAACACGAGACAUAUCGAUACGUAGAAGGUCCCCGACCGCGAAGUAUCGUCUAUGAUCGUCCACCGCGUGUGAGCAAUGGAGUAGUAGAACGAGAAAGGCAAAGAAUUCUAGUUGGGGACGAGGCAAGAAGAAGGAGUUCAAGGGAGUAUUAUUGAUUAAUUUAAUGAGCGCUAAUGGGAGUAUCUGGAGUUGGGUUAUAGGCAUACAAGUGUGUUUGGGCUGGUUUUUGGGCUGGUUUUUGGUGUUUACAGUUUAAGUAUGGAAUAUGAGGAUAGACACAGGCAUUGCCAUAUAAAGAUUGACGAUAGUAUACGUUUAACUAAACUGUCCACAUAGGUACGAAUUUAAUGAUAGA